GGAACUACACUUCCCAUGACGCACUACGAGAGAGGGGAGGACCGAGGCGCAAAGGUGGGCGUACCCAGCGGCUGCCGGCAGCGUGCUAGUGUUUGUGUGCAUCAGGAGGCAGCCGAGGCUCCAGCAUCAGAAGAACUCAUCAUGUCCGUACAGCUGGUCACCGCGAAGAUAGCAGACGUGGAGCUGAAGGAAGACAAGCCGAGCGACGGGGCCCCGCUGGUCUCUGCUGCCAUGGCCGAACCGGACAACAACUCGGCCGCCCCUACGCUCAGCCAGCCGAUGAAGGGGCUUCCCGCCUCCGCUAUGAAGAGAAGUGAGCCGGCGCCGCGCCCGAGGGAGGUGGGAGAAGGUGCGGGGAGCCCGGAGGGCGCAGUCAGUGAGGCUCCAAGGACCGUCAAGAAGCAGAUCCAGUUUGCAGAUCAGAAGCGGGAGUUUAACAAACGUCCCACAAAGAUAGGCCGUCGCUCCUUGUCUCGUUCUAUAUCGCAGUCAUCAACAGAUAGCUACAGCUCUGCUGCUUCCUACACAGACAGUUCAGACGAUGAGACUUCACCGCGGGACAAGCAGCAGAAGAACUCCAAGGGCAGCAGUGACUUCUGUGUCAAGAACAUCAAGCAGGCGGAAUUUGGGCGGCGGGAGAUCGAAAUUGCCGAGCAAGAAAUGCCUGCGCUGAUGGCUUUACGCAAGAGAGCACAAGGAGAAAAACCAUUGGCAGGAGCCAAGAUUGUUGGUUGUACUCACAUAACCGCUCAGACUGCGGUUCUAAUUGAGACGUUGGGGGCACUUGGAGCUCAGUGUAGAUGGGCUGCUUGUAAUAUCUACUCUACUCUUAAUGUGGCUGCUGCUCUGGCUGAGAGUGGUAAGAUUUCAGUGUUUUCUUGGAAGGGAGAAUCUGAAGAUGACUUUUGGUGGUGUAUUGAUCGCUGUGUGAAUGUGGAAGGCUGGCAACCCUACAUGAUCCUGGACGAUGGUGGGGAUUUGACACAACUGAUAUACAAGAAGUAUCCUAACAUGUUUAAGAAGAGUAAAGGCAUUGUGGAAGAAAGUGUAACUGGUGUACAUCGCUUGUACCAAUUGUCUAAAGCCGGAAAACUGUGUGUCCCUGCCAUGAAUGUUAAUGACUCUGUUACCAAACAGAAGUUUGACAAUUUGUACUGCUGUCGAGAGUCCAUCCUAGAUGGUCUUAAACGGACUACAGACAUGAUGUUUGGAGGGAAGCAGGUUGUGGUGUGUGGAUAUGGCGAGGUGGGUAAGGGAUGUUGUGCAGCCCUUAAGGCUAUGGGCUCCAUUGUUUAUGUGACAGAAAUUGAUCCGAUCUGUGCUCUUCAAGCCUGUAUGGAUGGCUUCAGGUUGAUGAAGCUAAAUGAGGUCAUCAGACAGGUGGACAUUGUCAUCACUUGCACAGGCAAUAAGAAUGUGGUGACCAGAGAGCACCUUGAUCGUAUGAAGAAUGGCUGCAUUGUCUGCAAUAUGGGACAUUCCAACACUGAAAUAGAUGUGGCCAGCCUACGCACUCCUGAGUUGACGUGGGAGCGAGUUAGGUCUCAAGUCGAUCAUGUUAUUUUUCCUGAUGGCAAAAGGAUUGUUCUUUUGGCAGAGGGACGCCUCCUCAAUCUGAGCUGUUCCACUGUCCCAACAUUUGUUCUGUCUAUUACGGCGACCACACAGGCACUGGCUCUAAUUGAACUCUACAAUGCCCCUGAGGGUCGCUAUAAACAGGAUGUCUACCUGUUGCCUAAGAAGAUGGAUGAAUAUGUGGCCAGCCUUCAUCUUCCCACUUUUGAUGCCCACCUUACUGAGCUAUCAGAUGAGCAGGCCAAGUACCUGGGUCUGAACAAGAAUGGACCUUUUAAACCAAAUUACUACAGGUAUUGAGAUCACGUGAAUUCUGCAAUCAAGGAGCUAUUGGAAAAUGGGGAAAUCUGGAAUAAAAAAUAAGAAAAUAAAGCUUUUCACAGCCACUGUACAGCCAGCUCUUAUGUCAAGAACUGGACUAUCUGCCAUAUUAGUAAACAUUUUAUUUAUUACAGAAAAGCCGCCUAGAAUAGACUUUACCUGCUCUCUGUGCUAGCCCACAGUUUGCUGGGUUAUGGGGGGAGCUGUGCCUGUAAGACUGUAGCAGUUACCCCCCAUCAUGCUGUACUUACAGGCUUAUAGCAAUCUCUUAACACUGCUUAUCCCAGCAGCACGAGGGAAGGGGAACAAGUUAACUAGCAUGAAAUCUGAAUUUAAAAUGAAUUUAUUUUGCAUUAACUUGCAUUUUUAUUUCUUUUAAUAUUGAUUUACCUGAAGGAUGCAAAGCGUGGAUGUCUUAAUGAAACAUGUAAAAGUGACCUAAAUCUAUUUUAUUGUGGUUUUCAAUAGUGAUUAGUUUGUUUAUCCCCUCUUGUCAAAGAAUGAUGAUCCUAUUAAUCUGCUGCUGUAAUAACUCCAAAACAAUAGGACACUAAAUAGCCGUUCACUAAACUGUGCUUGCUGCUAGCAGCUAUCUAAAAUAGUCAUCCAAAAGCUGGUUUGUCUCUGUAGACCCACUGCAUUAUCUGCACAUCCCCCCCCCAAACAAAGGUUUUUGGCUUGUAUUCCAUUAAUAAGGAUUAAUCAAUGAGAGGUUUUAUAUCAAACAUGCUGCUCCAUUGUACUGGGUGCUGCCCAGAAGUGCCACUUUUUAGUGUACAGAAAAUCUGAAACCUUUAAGUGCAAUGAUACAUAUAGAAUAAAAUGUCCUGCAAAUUGGUGCUGUAAAACAACAGUUUUCUAAUAUGUUUGAUAAUGCAUGAAUCAUUGCAUUGUGUAAGUUUGGUGUCAACUGAUGCCUUUUUAAGACUCCGUAAGGUAUCUGUUGCUUAUGGAUGCAGAAAAGAUCCUAAGACCUCAUGCACGCUGGGUGUUUAAGAGACUUUGGCAUUCAGGUGUGGGUAUUGGGUACAGAUGCACCAUCCAGCCUUGCUGUGGCUGGUUGCUUUACUGAGUGGUACAAAUGCUUAGGGGCGGUUGCACAGUUAUAGUUGGUCAGGUUGUAAAAAGACACAAGUCCAUCCUGUUCAACCAUAAAAAAAAUAAAAACUGUACAAUCCCAUAUACCCAAUUCUAUACCCACAUUUGAUCCAGAGAAAGGCAAAAAAAACAGCAGAGCAUGAUCCAAGUUGCUACAGCAACAGCCGUAUGCUCCCAGGGAAGAAUGCUAGGAGCACAGACUGCUUGCAUUCCAAGCAAUCAUCCCUGCAUGCUUUCUGCCCCUAAACAUUAGUACCACCAUGUACACUGCCCAGCUGCAGCAGCUUUCGGCCUCUGAAUUUUGUAGCCUGCCUGGGAGUGAGGCUGGAUGGUGCUUUUCACAUGCACCCAAGUGCUGGCAUGUUAUGCAUGGAGGCUAGAUGCACAGCAUGCAUGAGGCUUUAGGCGCUUGUGUCCAUGUCACCUGGGAAUAAAAUGAAUUGUAUAAAAGUUUGAAAGGCAUAGUUAAGACCUUUUUUAGUUGGGCAUGAAGGACACAUUUUUUAUUUAUUUUUUCCUCUCAUUGAUUCAUUGUUUAGUCUGGUACUUGAACUCUACAACAGAGCAAACCUGUUAAUUCUAUUGCUGCCAUGUAAAAUAACUGUAUUAGGCUUUUAAAGUAGGUUAACAGAAGUACAAACUACAUGCUGCUGUAAUUGAAAAGAAAACUGAGCACCAGUGUAUUGUGGUACGAGUACAUAAAGCUACGGUACAUUUACAUGCUAAUCUGUCCAGUCACUUCUGUAUACAGCAUGGCAGUGUUUAAUCCCAAGCUUCUGGUAAUUAGCAAGAAGCCGUUUACAUCCCACUGAUUUUGUGCAUUAAAUCAGAGUUGUUUGGGCUCAUGCACACAGGCGUUUUCUUAAUUUACUCUUUAUAAGUUUUCUAUGAAAGCAAAAAAGGAGGACUCCAGUGUUUCCAUGGGCAAAACGUUUUUUUUUUUUUGUUUUUUUUUUCUGUGCCAUGGCUUUUCUGAUUUGAAAUGCUUCAUUGUCCAGUUUGCUACUGUUUUUAUGUCUGUCAUUGCUUGUUAAUGUUGCAUGCACUAACAUGCAAAAUAUAGGAGUGCACACCAGUCAGUAAAGCAGUGUCACUGUGUGUUACUCAGUGUAUAUUGAUACUUCAAAACUUAAUUUCGGGGACAAUGAUUUUGCAUUAGUGCACCAUCAUUGACAUGCUUUUUUUAAAGUCUCUAGAAACAGAUGCUUCAAAGAGCCUAUAGGUUUUUUUCUGUACCCACAGUCCCCUGGCUCAUGCCCAUAGGCUAUUUACAUUCCCUCAUUAAGCUGUGAAUCCCAAAUACCUUCUCCAGGAGCCACCAGUGCAAGAUCCAGUAGACAGCUCGCUCUUUUAAUAGCCAUUUCACUUUAAGCUGGCCAUGACUGAAUAAAAUGUGGCCUAUUUGAUCAAUAUUUGGCUGUCCCCUCUGGACAGAUAACAAUCAAUUGAUUGGCUUUUGUUAAAGGGACAUGCUGGAAGACAUUUGUUGAUCAAUGGCUUUAGCUGCUGAUCAUUGUAUUCUGACAGUGCAGGUGCAGGAGUCGGAAUACAAUGUCCUGAGAGAAUCUACCCAUCCGCCUCUUUGUGGGGGAUGGUGGAUUCUUUUCUUUCUCUUUCUUUUUUUAUUUUUUUUUUCGUUAAGCUGAAUGAAAAGAAAACCAGUCUAUGGCCUUUAGACUAAAAAUCUAGAGUUUUCCCUAAACGUUGAAAAAAUUAACUUAUAUUUUAACCUUUUUGAUUUUUAUUUGUUUUUUGUCGCAAAACAUUUAAAUACAUAUAUUUGAUCUUGAUUACUUCUGUUUUCUGACUACUUUUGAUUUUCUGUAUACAGAUCAAGCAUUUUUUUUUUUUUUAUUUUUUUUUUUUUUUUUUACUGCAUAUUGCGGUAUACUGCUACUGCUGCUAAAUAACCACUGUAUCUUGAACUGUGCUCAGUGCUUGUGUGUGUGUAUAUACACAAACAUUUACAGCAUGGCUGUAUAUCUGUCAUAUAUACGCACAUAGUAAACUUGUAAAAGUGUGCAAUUAUUUUCUUAUUUAAAACCUGCUUGGUCUGUCUCUAAAUUUGCCAUUUUUGCUAAGAGUAGAAGCAUUUGUGUCUGGUGCUUGUACCACAGAGGUAAAGGUUAGAGUAAAUAUGGAUUUCUAAAACACAUCAACAUCAAAACUGUGUGGGUGAUUUGACAUCCUGUUGGUAUUUCCUUUUGAAAUCAAUGUUUCAACUGAGGUGAUUUGCCAACAAUACAUUGGAUCACUCCCAUGUCUCACGAUCACUUAAUUCUGUAAGCGGCAGUUCUUGUAAGCAACACUGACAGUGGAGACAGCUUCUGGACUAUAUAUAAUAUAUAUAUAUAUACACUCAUAUAUACUCUGUAGAUGAAUUUAAUCCGUUAACUACCUCCAAGAGUGAUCACUGAGGUGUAUGACUUCUUUUGUUGCCUAAAGUAGGCCUCAUACUAGCAGGUUAAACAGCCUGGCCUGACUUUUUGGUGUAUUCUCACAUUUGGCAAUGCAAAGCUACACAUUACCAAAUCUAGAUUUGGUAAUCGGUAAAUGGCGUUAAAUCUACAAUUUACAAAACGAGUUGGUGUAAUUUUGGUUCAGCCCAGGGAAAGCUGCUUCACUGCCGUGUUUUUUCAGCAAGGCAAGGAACUAUGUGUAAAAUUCCGUAAUCCUUGUCGGAAUAUUUGCUUUUCUAACGGUAAACUAAAGUCUCGUUGCUAAAAGUUACGCAAUUUUACACAUGGUUUACACCUUGCACUACCUUAUGUAACAAGCACAUAUUUUAUAAGCUGGUUCAUCAACCCCUAAGCCAGCCUGUCUUGUGGACAAACACUCCCAAUUUUCAUUAAAAAAAUUGCAGUCUGUUAACGGCUCCAGCUUUUCUUAAUCGGCAAUGUCUUGUUUCAGUAAUUUACAUUUCUUUGUAUAGUUAGGAAUGAACGAUAUCCUUCCAGAUUAGCUGGAUAUAAGAUACCAGCAAAAUAUAGAAGUUUAAAAUAAAAAGAAAAAUUAACCCAUUACUCACUGAUAGUAUACAACUAAUGCUGUUGGUCAAGCCUGCAAUGCACAAUCCACUGUAGACUUUAUCACCAGCAGCUGAAGUGUUGGACAGUAUGUAUUUAUUGACCUGUACUGCAGUGUUCAAAAAGGCAGUCUCCAAGAGUCUUUUACAUUUUUUAACGUAUGAGUGAUUGUAUUAGAUCAGCAAUAAGAAAUCUGUAAUCUUAAACAUGAAUAAAAUGCUAUCAAAUAAA